GUUUUAUGUGUUUUGUGAUGUGAGGUUAGGACUUAACCUAACCUUGACGUUGACGCUCAGAUUUUUGUUUGUGGUGUCUAGCAACCACCGGCUGUUGAGGCUAUUGGGCUGUAUAAAAAGGCUGAUGCCUUCUUGGACCCGACCCCUGUGGUAAUUCUAUGAACAUCAAGACAUGGAAAACAGACAGACUGAUCAGCAUUUAAAGGCUAUGCUAAAUAGCCCUGCUCGUUUCACACCAGCUGUGCCUGUUCCAGAUUGGAGUUUGGCGCCCAAUGUACAGCCCACAGUAAGUUGAAUUCUAGCAUGGAACACAGUAUAUUAAUAUGAAUUGGUACUCGAUACUCUUUUUCCAGGUUCCAUUUGUAAGAGAGCCCCAUUCCACCUCAAACUUGACCGUUCCUACCCCCGGUUCAGCUGGAGAACACACUACAAUAACAGUUCACAACUGUGUUGCAACAGUAGACUUGCACACGAAACUAAACUUGAGCAUAAUAAAUGCAAGGACAAGAAACUCUGAAUAUAACCCCUCCAGAUUUCAUGGAGUCGUAAUGAGGCUGAGGGAACCCAGAACGACUGCACUGGUUUUUCAAUCGGGCAAAAUAGUGUGCACGGGUUCGAGAAACGAACCUGACGCCCUUUUAGCGGCGAAAAAGUUUGCAAAAAUCAUACAAAGGCUAGGUUUCAAUGUGCAGUUUGCAAAUUUUAAAAUACAAAAUCUGGUUUCAACGUGUGAUUUACGAUUUCCUAUAAAAUUAGAAAAUUUAAACAUGAUGCACGGACAAUUUAGCAGUUAUGAGCCUGAAUUGUUUCCUGGUUUGGUGUAUAGAAUGCUGAAACCCAGAAUGGCAUUAUUGAUUUUUGUGAAUGGAAAAAUUGUGUUUACUGGAGGUAAAUCACGACAAGAACUGAAAGAAGCUUUAGAUAAUAUUUAUCCAAUUCUGAAAAGUUUUAAGAAAAACUGAUAUAUUGCCUUUUUUGUUAUGUUGAUACCAUGUUUUCAGAUGUAUUGUUAUUAUUUUCAAUAAAAUACUACAAUUUUCAUUCGUAA